AUGAGGAGGUUAAGCAUUGAAAAAGAUAAUGAAGAAUUGACUGAAAAACUUGCUGAUGCGUUGCCACACGAGACUUGGGGCGCUUAUCUCAUGAUGCUAAAGAACAAGAAAGGGUUCAGUAAUCUGACACUUAGCAAAUUUAUUGAAAAGAUUGAAGCUCAGGAGAUGGAACAGAGAAAGAUCUCCAGGAUGAAAGACUUCGAUGGUGAACAAGACAUCGGGCUUUACUACAAAGCAGGAUUAAAUGUCAAAACCACAAAUUUUUCUUCAAAGGUUGAAACUGCUUACAAUGCAAAGAAUUCAUCCGGAAGUUCUUCAACAGGAUCAAGCAGCAAAACAAGUUUCUCAUCAUAUUCUUCAUUUGAUCCAAAUUUGACAGUGACAAAGAGUGUUUCUCAAUCAUCAAGUCAACAAGAACCACAGGUUGCUCAUGGGAGGAAAGUGAUUGAAGAUUCUUCAAAAAGAGCAUGCUUGGUGGAUCACGAUGAGAAAAAGUCAUCAACAAAUUUCAAUUGGGAUAAGUAUAUUUCAGCUGAUGGCAAAGCAUUGGUAAUAGAUCAAGAUGAUGAGAAGAUGCCUGAAGGUUUUACCUGGGAAAACUUCAGCUGGGAUGACUAUUGUCCAGACAAAGAAGUGUUAAAAGCUCACUCAGCGUUUGUUGCUAGAAUAGAAGAAGAUAGUGAUGAUGAUGUAAAUGAGUAUUAUGCCAAAAGAAUGGCACAACAUCUGAAGAUGAUGGCUGAAAGAACAUUCAAAAUGGAUGACAUAUUCACAAACCCUUUUAGUGAUAUGUAUGGUUUCACUGUAAGCUCAGGAGGAUCAGGAAAUCCAGAAAAUGAUGAUUCUACAUCAAACAAUACCAACACAAAUCAAAUCAAAGAGAAAAGGAAGGAAGCAUGGGAAUCAGAAAGCGCAUUUGGAACUUUUAAUCGUCCUCCAAAGUUAAUGGCUAUUGAAGAUUAUACAAGAUGGGCAAUAAAAUUUGAAGAAUGGCUGAUGGCGUUUGCUUUCCCCAGCUGGAAAAGCAUGAAAAAUGGGUAUGCUGCGGGUAAAAACAAUGGUGAAGUAUUGAGAAGUAAUGAAGAGAUUGAUCUAUUCGUUGCUGAACAGAAAUGUGUAGCACUACUAUUUCAAUCUGUCAGGGAAGAUAUUAUUUCACUAAUCAGCUACACCAACGCCAAAGAUUUGUGGGAUAAACUGGGAAAGAAAUGUCUGGGAAGUAAAGAAAUCUUAAAGAACAAAACUAAACUACUAAAAAAGGAGUUUGAUAUGUUCAGUUGUUUCAAAAAUGAGUCAGUCUGCAAGAUGAUCGAACGUUUUGGUCAUCUUAAAUUGGAACUUGCACGUCAUGAUAUCAAAUAUCCUGAUGAGGAGAUAGUUGAUAAACUGUUCGAUUCUUUACCAGAUGAAAUGGACUGGAGGUACUAUGCUUUGAUGUUGAAAAACACCAUUCCGCCAGAAGAACUAAAACCAGAUGUAGUGAUUGAACGACUGGAAAGCCAUGAGCUAGAAUUGAAGAAAACGUACAAAGUCAAUCAUUCAUAUCAACAAAAUCCAGAACUAUACUAUCCCAAAAGUUUGAUGCCCAAGGCCUCAUCACCGAAAACUGCAUUUUCUGUCGAAAACAUAUCUCCAGCUCCUAAAGAAAAUCAAAGCAACUCAAACAAAGAAAGUCACAGUGGAUAUCAUAGUGGGUCUACUUCUAUUCCUACUGCCUCGACAAAUCGUUCUGAUUCAAAGUUCUCAUGUAAUAUUGCUGUUGAUCUGAAGAAUGCACAAAACUUUGAUGAAGAAUCUGUGAAACAACAGAUGGUGUUUCUAGCAUCUAAAGGCCACUUCAAACGAGAAUGCCGAAAUGCAUAUGUUGAAGAAUCUGAGAAUCCAUUCAAGGAUGACUACUACAAGAAAGCUAUCUAUCAUCAGAAUAAGUCCGAACCGCCAAGAAUAAAGCAAUCUGAAGACAACAAAGGAAAAUCUAGAGCUUUGGCAGUGAUUUACGAUGAUGAAGGAUAUGAUUGGAGUAAGGAAGUAUUACCUGAAGAUGAUGCUAUUGGUUAUGCUUUCAUGGCGAGUCAUAAUGAACCAAUUCAAUGGAAGGAUAAUCGUACAGAACAACAAAAGUACGAAUAUCGAAAAAUGGUUGCUGAAGCAAAGAUCAUCCGACUCUCAGGUGUUUAUGAGGAAGCAAAACGUGCAAACCGAUGGGAUCCAGAUAGAGAGUGUUAUUUGGAUGAAUAUGGUAACAUUGCUGUCGACUACAAGAAGAUAGACAUUGAAGCCAUUAUCCAAGAAUACAAAGAAGAGGAUGAGUACUGGCAACACAAAUGGUGGGGUACACCAACAUCGAAAAUGAUCGAGGAAGAAAGAGAGAAAGAAAGAAGAGAAAAGGAGAAGAUAGAAGAACCUAUGAAAAUUGACACCGGGUUGAUCAAUACUGCACAGGAGAUGACAGCUGAAAACUUGAGAGAAAUGGCUGAUAAAGUGCUUGCUGUCAAAGCACUUGAGGUAGAUUCUACUUCCAAUUCUGAGUCAAAGAAACAGGUCAGUCAAACUAAGUCAUCAACUGAGUCAGUGGUUGAUGGAAUUGUUAGCGUUGAUGCAGAAACCACUGUGGAUGAUGAUGAUAAACAAUCUGCAAUGGGACGAGGAAAAGACACUAACAAAGGACACAAUGUUCCAUCUGCAAUUGAUGAGGUCUCUACAAAAGGAACAGAAGCAGAAAAAAUGGCUGAGUGCUUAAGAAAAAGCAGAAUUGCUAAGGCAUUGUCUGAUACAACAAUAGUUUAUGAAUCUCAUGUUAGAAGAUUCUGGGACACUGCAAGGUUUGAAGAAAAGGAUAAUAAAAUUCAUGCAGUAGUCAAGAAGAAAGAUGAAAACAACAAGGAUAUUGAUGUUGAAGUAGUGUUUGGAGUAGAGGACAUAAGAAGGGUUCUUGAUUUACAAGAUUCUGACAAUGAUCCAACGAUCAUGUCAGAACGUCUUGCUAAAGGGCUAUGGUGUAGAUUGGGAUUUUCUUCACACAUCAACGGAAAAAUGUUCAAAAGGAGUUUCUCGAAACAAUACAGAUACUUAAUGCAUUGCUUAGUGCAUUCCCUAUCUCACAGAAAGGGAGCCUAUGAUGAGGUGUCUGACUACAUAAUGAACAUUGUUGUUAAAAAUUGCUUAGCCGGGAAAGACAAAUACAUUAUGUACCCAAGAUUCAUUAUGAUGAUCUUGGAUGACAAAGUUAAGGAUUUGCCAAAGAAUAAUGAUGAUAUUAUGGCAAUGGCUGAAGUGAAUAAGACUGCUAUUCUGAGAAUCACAAAGGAGAAGGAUGCUAAAACAAAAGAGUUGAUCUGUGCAUUAAAGGAUGAAGCAUACGUAGCUCCUGAAAAUGAUAGAUGGAGACAUGAUAAUAGUGAUUCAGACAAUGAAGACAAUAAGAUGAAUGAUUUGAUUGAAAAGAAAACCAGAUGGUGGUGUAUCAAAGAUGGAAAGAGAAAGAGGACACCAAAGUCGACCCCUGUGGUAGUAAUUAAAGAAACAGCAAAGGGGUCUUCUGAAGAACCUCAAAGAAAGCUAAUUGAUGAACCUGUCAUAGAACCGAGGGAGGUGAUUGAUCAAAGUGUUGGUUUAGAAGAGACUUUGGAAAGCUAUUUUAAAAAGCAUGAAGAGGCUGAACAAGCACAAGCUCAAAAGAAAGUUGGUCAAGAAGAGGAAGCUCAAAAGAACUCCAGUAAUGAAGAUUCAGAAGAAACUUUAUCUGAAUCUGAACUGGUCAAAGAGACAGUGGGAAAAGGAAAGGUACAACUGAAGAAAAGACCUUUAAAGAAAAGAAAGAAUUCUGAAGAUGAAGAUUCACCGUACAAUCCUGAGGAUUCCCAGAAAAACAGAAAGAAAAGAAAAGCUACUCGCACCGGUGAUAUUCCAAGAGUGGUUAGAGCAAAGAAACAGAAUGCUAAAUCACAAAAAGAAAAGGAAGGAAAGAAGAAACAGGACACUGCUGAAACUAGUCCUGUAGUUGAGAUACCAAAAGAAGUUCCUUUAACAGAAAUUCCAAUAGAAACACAAACUUCUUAUGAUGAUUAUGUGGAGAUCACCGGAGUCAAAUCUGCUAAACAAACAUCUGAUCGUCAUGAUAUUCCAGAAUCAUCACAACGAAAGACAGAUUAUUUCAACCUAGAUUUUGAUAGCCUUGGUGGUGCUACUGGAGAUUUCUUUAAAGAUAUGCCAGAGAGUGAAGGAGACUUAUUUCAUGAUAAAAAGAUGAAAGAAUUGGAAGAAAAAGUUAAAGCCUUGGAAAAGGAAAAGGAAGAAAACGAAGCUGUACAAAUAAAGUUGAAGGAAAUGAUUGAUGAGUUGGAGAAACGGCACGAAGACGUAAUGGAUGCAGUGUUUACAAAAGAUGAGAAAUUGAAUGAAAUGAAGGAAGAUAUAAAAGAUAAUGCAGAACUUAUUAGCGCACUUACUGAUGAAAUUGCUGCAUUGAACGCCAAAGUCAAAGACUUGCAGAAUAUCAAUCAGACUUUGAAUCAACUCUUAAAUGAGAUGAAUGAAGCUUCGACAAAUGAAAUGAAGGCAAUGAAGCUAGAGAUGGAAGCCAUGAGAGCAGAUAAGGUGAUGAAAGAUAAGCAACUAGAAAUGCUUACGGCUGUGAUUGAAGCACAUCUGAAGGUGAACAUCCACGAGGCUUUUGAACAAGUUGACAUUAUCAAGGCAAAUGAAAGAAGGAAAGAAAGAGAAAGACAGCUUGCUGAAGAAGCUAACCUGAAAAAUAAAGGCAUAGCAGAAGAAGUUGAAGUUGUUGGAUCUUCACAAAAUCAACUUGAGGUAGGUGGAUCAUCUUCUCAACCAGAAAUUGAAAUGGUGGAUGCUCAAGAUGUUACAGUAAAUGAUGAAGAAAUGGUGGAAGCAGAAAAUGAAGCAGUUCAUGAACCAGAGUUUAUUAUGGUUGGUGAAUCUGUAGAGCCUAUUAUUCCGGAGAAUGUUUUGAGAGACGUUCAAAUCAUACAAAGAAAGAAAAAGGCUAAAGAAGUAUUACUACUGGAGUACUCUACCGACAAGUUUGUAUUAGUUGGAAAAGCCUAUAGAGUGCCCUAUAGUGAAGAAGAAUCUGCCAAGCUGUUAAGAUUUUUUGAAUUAAAGGAUCAAGGGAAGAUAGCUAGAGGAGAAGUGGAAGAAGAAUCUGAUAGUGAUUUUUGGGAGGAAGAAGAUGAAGAUGAUGAUAAAGAUGAUAAAGCAGACGAUAAAUCCGAUGAUGAUGAUAAGCCUGAUGAUGAUGAUGAUGAUCAAGGCACAUCGGGUUUGCUAAUCAAUGAUCCAUCUGUUCAAGAUAAAGUAAAUGAACUCAUGAAUGAUGAAGUGAAUGAACAGAAUGAUGAUGCAGAGUGUGAAGGGUCAUCUUCUGGAAACCAAUCCGGUGAUCAGGUACAUCAACUCACAUCUACUUUUAUUUCUCUUUCUGAAUAUCAUCAAGGAGAAGUAGAUAUUAUUAGAACAAGAGCUGAAAUGCUUGAGGAGUUGGGGUUAGAAGAUGGGAAGUUUAAAUUUGAUAUCGAAGAUGAAAUCCCAGAGUCUCCGAUUAAAAACUUUGAACCACAAUUUCCACUUGAAGCAGAAUUUUAUGAUAAUGUGACCAUAGAGACUGAUUCAGAUUCGGAAGAAGAAAGAAUAGAUUUUCACUAUGAAGGUGAAGACAUGGCAUUUCCUACAUUCACAGAGUUAUUUGAAGACAUGAAUGCAGAAUUAUUGAAAAGAAAAAUUGAAGAAAGAGUUGCAUCUGCUGAUAUGCCUGAACCAGUUCCAAGAGAAAUUUCUGCUGAAGAGAGAAAGAAAUGGUUCAGAUCAAUGCCAAAGGAAAGAAAGCCUCUUAGAGCCCUACAGUAUUUUACUCAUGAUAAAGACUUAUCUUGGGGUGAUAUUCUUUCUUGGGGGUAUCUGGAAGACUUGAAUGUUUAUGCAAUUCGAAGAGAGCAAGGUGUUCAAUACUUCAGGUGCAUUUCUGAUCUUGCUACCUUACCUUGGUGGGACGUAGAUGAAUUGGUGGUUACAAAGAAUAUUAAACAACUCUACUACGGUCCUGAAGUAAAACAGAGAGACCAGAAGCUGUGGAAUUACAUCAAGUAUCAAGCAACGAUCAAUUAUCCAGAUUGGAAACCACAGUUUCCUAAAAGAAUUGUGAAGUUUACAGCUAAAGGUGAGAAGGACGUUACUCUUGAUGUCAAACCGCCAAAAUGUUUGAAGAGCAUGCCUUUAAGGGCUAUUGAGCAGGAUUUCUAUGAUUUAUUUCAAGCAUGGCUCUAUAAUCCUUCUACUGCUGAAGCUGUGAUCUCUUUGUACGAUAAAGACACUGGUGAAGCUAGGAAAAUUUGUAUUCUAGACCCGAUGUGGCUGGUAAAUUGCUCAAAGAAAGACAUAGAUUGCUUGUUUGUCAACAAGAUAAUCUAUGACAAGAAAGACAAAGCCAUUGCUCAGCAGUACCAGAGUGUAGUUGAUGUCUGUUUUGCUAAAGAAAUCAACUCUGGUAAGAACUGGAAAACCUCAUGGAGAGAACUAGAGGUUGAUGAGUUUCUAAAGAUGUACAAGAGAAGUUUAAGAUCCAAGGAAAUUCAGAGAAAAGCUGUUGAAAGAGGAAGACGAAAUCUUGGAUUUGUACCUCCUACUGAUCAGACACCCAUAGAGUCUGAAGAGAACAAGAUCCCUAAGUGGGACAGAAAAAGAGAUGGAGAUCCAGUGUACAGAAAUUGGUGGAUAACAGAGGGAAGACAUAAGAGAAGACAAAUGUUAGCUGAACGAGAAGAGAAGAGAAAACAAAAGGCACGAGAUAGAAGACGCAACAGGAGACUAUUGAACAUGGAAAUCAUAUGUCUUUCUGUAUCUGUAUAUGAUUUGCUGGAUUCCGCACAGCAAUCAUAG